UAGAAGAGUGGCUGCUGUUUUAGAUGCAAAGGGAUGGUAUACAAAGUGUUGAUUUUUUUUUUCUUUACAAUUUCACAUAGGAGUUUUGUUAUAUUUAAUGGAUGUCUAUUCAAAUUUUCAGUUCAUCUUAAGUAGUUGUAGUUACAUAGGUAGUAAAUUUAUAGUGGUUGUGGGGUUGCCGUUGCUGUGCAGGACGAUCCCUUUUGUCCCCGUACUUUAUGAUACUUGUGGUUCAUUGUAGUCUCUGUUAUCGUUUAUCGAUAGCGUAAGGUCACCGGAACUGUGACUUGACAGUCUUCACCUACCCUACCUACCGUACCGUACCUAACCACAGUAUCAUACCUACCUACCCGUUGUCCCUCUCUGCCACCUUCUCUCUCCUCAAACCCCUCUAAGAUCUUCAACUCCCUCCCACCUCGGCGAACCCUCUCUUGCCCCCGCGGACCCACUUAUACGCAGUUAUGGCAAGUAGAAAGAAGUUCCUCAAGGUAACCUUUCCGACCUAUUCCCACGGGUACACGAACUGACUGCCACGGCGUGCCUGCACUGUAGGUUAUUAUCCUCGGCGACAGCGGAGUCGGAAAGACAUCGCUUAUGAACCAAUAUGUACCUUCCCUUCUCCGGACACGACCCGUCAGUCGCACACGCGUGGAAUUUAAUGCCUAUUUUCUAGGUGAACAAAAAGUUCAGUGUGAGCUACAAAGCUACAAUUGGCGCCGACUUUCUGACAAAGGAUGUUAUGGUCGACGAUCGGCUCGUUACAUUGACUGUAUGCUCCCCACCCCCUCUCGUUGAGGUUGUGGGCUGAUUGGUCGGGGUGUACUGAUAGUUGUGGGACACCGCCGGGCAAGAACGCUUCCAGUCACUAGGCGUGGCCUUCUACCGGGGCGCUGACUGCUGUGUUCUCGUUUACGAUGUGAAUAAUGCAAAGAGCUUUGAUAAUUUGAAUUCUUGGAGGGAUGAGUUCUUGAUUCAGGCUUCACCGAGAGAUCCGGAUACGUUUCCUUUCGUAAGUAUUCAAUCAAUCAAUUAAUCAAUCCAUCCCCUUUGAUAGUCACAGGGCCUAACGGCCGACUAUGUAGGUUGUGCUCGGGAACAAGAUUGAUGUGGAUGAGGCCAAACGGAUGGUAUGCUUUAUAGCUCUCUUUCCUCACAACCCGUGACGAGCGGGUGGGGUGCGAGCGGGGCUGACGAGUUGCAGGUGUCAAAUAGGCGGGCACAAGCAUACUGUCUCUCCAAAGGCCAGCUACCGCACUUUGAAUGUUCAGCAAAGGAUGGUGCGAAUGUUGAGGUUGCAUUUGAGGGUACGACGGUUGAACGCCUAACCUGAUGUGCUCUAAGAUUACUGACGGUUAUUCCAGCCAUCGCGAGACAAGCCCUUGCACAAGAUGAGUCUGAGAUCGACUACUUUGAUCCGACUGUGAAUACCGGAUUCCCGAUUGAAAGUGGUGGGUGUAAUUGUUAGGGGGCAUUCUGUCUCCUCAAUCAUGGCAGGAGGGCCGUUUUCAUGCACGAGGUUUCGUUUUCAGGUGGCAGUGUGUGUGGAGGUUUUCUAUACUAGUAACCUGCAUUCUGGGCCGGGUCAUUGCGUACACAGGGCGUUUUCGUGGGGAGGAGUUUCACCUUCAUCUUCAACUUGUCAUUUUCAUUUUCUUCUUGCUCUUCAAACUAAAUUGUAACGAGAUAUAAUACGGGUAAUUUUGCGGCGGUUUUGCAUUUGUAGUGGUAUUUCACAGCAUGGCGAGUGGGUUUGUUUUGUUGUGAAAGCGGAUUGUCGUGUCGUGGGAUCAGCUUUAACCAAGUCUACCGGUAUACUAGUAAGCAUAGGGAACGGGUACCGUACAGUCCCGUACGUGAGUAUCAUAGCGGUGCUGGAGUAUGGGUAUCAUAGAUCUAAUCUGAUCCCGCACACAGUUCAGGGCUCGCAAUAGGUAGACUAA